AUGGCAACUGUAACAAAACCGGAUACGAAAAGAACGUAUCCUAGUUGGUUUGAAAAUCUCCACACUGAAAGAAAGGCGGCUGAAGGUAAUCGGGAUAUAUCAUAUGAUCAUCGUCAAUUGGUUAGAGCUACACGCAUCGAAACAGAUAUAAAUACAAAAUAUGAUCAACUCCAAAGAAAUAAUCAAUUAUCUGAUCGUAUAUGGAUUGUACGUCAAUGGCGUGACAAAUUAAUUACUCAAUUAAAUAAACUCAAGCAAAAAGACACUCAUUUAAAAGCUGGUAAACAUAAAACACAAGAAUUUAUGAUUAAAUUAAAUGAUUCAUUUGAUGUCAACAUUGAAUCUCUAACACAUUUGGAUCGUAGACAAAAUGAUGAGAAUAUUAUUGAUCCUGUUUUUAAGGAAUUAAACAUGGAACGUGAUCUAUUGAAAGAAAUACAAACAGAUCUUCAACGACAAAUCGACGAAGCAAUUCAUUUAUUAGUUGAAAUGAAUAAUGUAGCAAAACCAUUUUAUUCAGAUAUUUUUAAUAAAAAUGAAGCUGUACAUAUCGAUAUUGAUGUUUAUAAUUUGAAUGAAAAGUCAUCUUGUAUUAGUCAAAAACCGUUCUGUGAACGUUUACCAGAAAGGUGAGUGAAUAACCAUCACUGAUUGGAAACAGGAUAUUUAUUCAUCGAAACGUUUAAUGAGUUGAUACACUUUGAUCCUCUGUCUAUGUUGUCACGUCCAUAUCUUUAAUAGUGUAUUAAUAUAAUCUCACCGACUGCCAACUUACGUCACCUAUAGAGAUGGUGAGAUAUUCAUCUAUCAAUUAAAGGACAAGUAUACUGAGCAGCAGUUCGCUCUGUUCUAUUUUACGGCUGAGAAACGUAGACAUUAGGAGUAGAAGAUAUGCGUAAGUUAGUAGUAUUUGAUCACAGAUGUCUUAGAAAUAUGGCUUGCAAUUGCUGGGAUCACUGGGUAAGUAAUAGUGUUUAUAUCUAACAGUUUUGUACUUUUAUAGUCCUGAAUGUUGGCAUUCUUUAGACCAAUUAACUGUAAUUAUACUGUGGUGUAUGCUACUGAUGUCG